GAGUUAUUCUGACCAAACAGAAAAGAAAUGAGAAGAAUUGAAAGAAAGCUGCACGUUAUAUAAUUACAACAAACAACAUUGAUAUGGGUUUGAGCUCAACUAACUAUCCAGUAAAACACAAGUGACUUUGAAAGCCACAAAAUGACUUCUUCAAUUCAGCUGAUGAUCCUCGGUGUCUUAUUUUCUGCCUCAUUGCUAACAACAACUGAAGCUUGCCAUCCUGUUGACAAAGCAGCAUUGCUGGAUUUCAAGUCCAAAAUCACUUUGGACCCUUCAAAUCUGCUGAGAUCAUGGAUUCCAACCACAGAUUGCUGCAUGAGCUGGGCAGGGAUUUCCUGUAACCCUUCCGGCAGAGUGGUGAACGUUUCUCGUCCCGGACUUAGUACCGACGACGACGGCUUCCCUCUCGACACAUCCAUGUCUGGAACCUUAUCCCCUGCUCUUGCCAACAUCUCCUAUCUUGAAUUACUUGAGCUCAGUGAUCUCAAGGAUUUGGCAGGUUUUAUUCCUCCUGAAUUUGGCAAGUUAUCAGGCCUUACUCAUUUAUUUCUUGAUAAAAACAAGCUCGUCGGUUAUAUACCAUCAACAUUCCGGAAUUUGCACAAACUAAAGAGGCUCUAUCUCAGUGACAAUCAGCUCUCUGGUUCUGUCCCUUCCACCAUUUUUGAAUCUCUUUCAUCUCUUUCAGAACUUGGGCUUUCAGGGAAUCUGUUGUCUGGUCCAAUUCCAUCCACUAUCAGUAAGUUGGUUUCACUGACGAGAAUCGAUUUCUCUCAGAACAACUUCUCUGGUGGUAUUCCCCUGGGUAUUGGAGAUCUUAAGCGUCUGGAGUAUGUUGAUUUUUCUUACAACCAAUUAGUUGGAAGCAUCCCACAAUCCAUUGGUAGAUUGUCUAACUUAAAUCUGCUCUAUCUCAAUCAUAAUCACCUGAAUGGAACUAUUCCUUCUUCAAUCUCUGGCCUCGUUUCGCUGGGAUUCUGCCGUUUAUCCGACAACAAGCUGACUGGAAAUAUCCCAUCGUCAAUUGGCAAACUUCGUUCCAUCCAAAGACUAAUAUUGGAGAACAACAAGCUCACAGGGAAACUACCUCCAGAAAUAGGAAACCUUUCCAAUCUUACUGAUAUGUACUUCUCCAACAACAACUUCUUUGGCCAAAUCCCUUCAAGUUUUGCUAAUCUCCGGAGCCUGCAAUUUCUGGAUUUGUCGCGAAAUCGCCUAAACGGUCCAAUCCCGCCACAGCUUUCGAAAUUGCCGAAUUUGCAGUCAUUAGACUUGUCAUUUAAUCCUCUUGGACUCAUCAGCAUACCUACUUGGAUGCAAGAAUUGAAGGUCCUCCGUUUAUUGCUGACGAGGACUGGAAUCAAAGGGCAGCUUCCUAAUUGGCUGGCUUCAACAUCAUUAUCAACGCUGGAUUUAUCAGACAAUGAAUUGACAGGGAAAUUGCCCAGCUGGAUAGGAAACAUGUCUGAACUUUCGCUUCUGAAUCUGUCAAACAAUGCAUUCCACUCUUCGAUUCCAGAUGAAUUCAAGAAUCUAACCCGGUUAAUGGAUCUUGAUCUUCAUUCCAACAAGUUUUCUGGUGGGCUCAAAGCCAUAUUUGCAAAACGUAUCGAAGAUCCAUUAGGCAGCUACAACACCAUUGAUGUUUCAAACAAUUCCUUUUCCGGUCGCAUCGAUGACAGCAUAGGAGAUGAACCAUCCUUAUCUUCCAUCGUUUCCUUAAUCCUAUCAUACAAUCCACUCGGAGGAACCAUACCAAAGUCGAUCGGAAAACUCAAGGAACUGACCACUUUACUGCUUUCGCAUAACAAUUUAAGUGGCGGAAUCCCAGAAGAAGUGUUCAAUAACCUUACAUCACUUCAAGAGCUUGAUGUUUCUCAGAAUCAUCUGAGAGGAAGAAUCCCACCUCACAAUGCCAGUAUCCCAGUUAAAGCAUUUUUAGGGAAUCCUGGGUUGUGCGGAGCUCCACUUCCUCCUUGUAAAUAAUCCUAAGAUCCAAUUACAGCAUCAAACAACUCAAUAUCAUCAUACUUCAAACACAUGCAAAAACUUUACUAUACUUUAAACAGAAGCCAUAGUGUAAUAAAAUGAAGUUGCUCCAAGAUUUUAAUUAUAUAAUAUGCAUUUGUACCCGAAAUUACAGUGACGCACUGGCAGAUCUAGGGUGGGGGCUUGGCCCCCACUGGCCCCACCCUAGACUUUAAUUAUAUAUACAUUUUUUUAAAUGUAAUCAAAAAAUUAAAUCAAUCAAGUUGUUUUACACCAUAAAAAUGGUGUUUUGUAUAAUUUUUCCGAGAUUCUGUUUUGCUUAAUACUGUUUAGAAUGUACUGUUUUGCUUAAAUAAAGGGUCCAAAUUUGAAGUGAAUCAUAAUAGUAGGUAUUUUCUUAUAAAAAAAUUAAAUAAAGUUACAAGG